CUGUGCACAGUCGCGAUCCAAAUUGGAAGCAUCGCACACGUUGAGGCUCGGCCAAAAUGAGACUAUUGCAAAUUGUGCUGCUGUGCCUGGGCCUGUGGCUCAGCCUGUGCCCGUUGCCGGGCAACGCUCGACGACUGCAGCAGCGUGAGGCCAGUGCGGCGCCCGAGCCGGCCCAGAAUGCGGAGCUGGAGGUCGAUGAAUCGGGUCAGUCGCAGGAGUUUGUCUCGGAUGCAACGACCACCGCUAAGCCGCUGGGCAUUGUGUCCAUCAAGUCACGCGCCAUCGCCAUGGAUCGUGCCCUGUGCCAGGAGCAGUCACGCUACCAUCCCCACUUUCCCAAGUGCUUUCAGUACUGCAAGAGGCUGGACCACUGGAUUGGCCAGUGCUGGCGCGAGAGCUGCCACUGCAUCUCUUGAAUGCGCCGCAGACAAGCUCCAGUUCCAGUUCCAAUUAUAUUUCCAGCCCAUCUUCUGAGGCAGCUUCAACAGCUGAUCUAGCUAUAGCAGCUGCUCCAGCUCCAGUUCCAGUUCCAGCUUCAGCUCCAGCAACGACUUCUGAUUCGACUUCUUCAUCAACUUCAGCUUCAGUUCAAUUUAGUUCAAGUUCCAGUCUCAGCUUCAGCUCAUACUCGCGCUUCAGCAACGGCUUCAGCUUCAGCUGCAGUUCCAAAUUUACUUCCAGCUCAUCUUCUGCUGCAGCCUCAGGUUCAGCUUCUGUUUUAGCUACAGCAAUUGCUUCAAUUCCAGCUACAGUUCCAGCUGCAGCUCCAGAAAACGUCUUAAAUGCUGUUUCAUCUUCAGUUUAGUUCCAGUUAUAGUUCCAGCUAUGGUUCUAGUUACAGUACCAGCUCCAAUUCCAGCUUCAGCGUCAUCAACUGAUAAAGUCUAAUCCAGCUCCAGUGCCAACAAAGCGACGUGAACCUGAGCUCCACAUCCUAUUCCGGAAACUUUUCCAGUUUCCUGUUCCAGGUCCAGCUCAUGCUGCUGUUCCAGCUUCAGCUACAGCUCAGCUGCAGUUCCAGCUUCCAUUCCAGCACCAGUUCGAUGUAGAGUUCCAGCUUCAGUUCCAGCUUCAGCUCUAGCUACAGUUCCAAUUCCAAUUGCCAGUUCCAGCUCCAUCUCUAGCUACAACUACGGCCUCAACACAAGUUCCAGCAUCAGCAUCGACUUCAGCUUCAGCUCCAGUUACAACUCAAGCUUCAACUUAAGAUCCUGCUCUAGCUCCAGCAGCUGCUCCACUUCCAUCGUCAACAGUUCCAGCCAUAGCUUCACUUUGCAUCUUCGCCCUUGGCAGCUGCUCCCACUCCUGCUGCUCCAGCUGGCGGUCCACUUCUAAACUUUGUACUUACAUAAUUCUAAGAUUUGUUUUAUUAGCUGCCAAUUACCCACACUUAUCUGAGCUCGGCUUCUCUCUGGCGGCUCGCACUUAUCUGUCCGUUUGCAUUGGCACUAAGCCUUUAGCUUUAGAAAUUUCAAGUUUUGCUGAUUAAAGAUGCAACAAAUUGCGUUGGGUUCAUUUCCUCUGCCUAAUUAAUAAGU